GCGGAACUCUCGCGAUAGUUCGACGAAGGACAAGGAAGAAGCCUCACUAAAAGAGGCAAAUGAAAGAUGAUGGUCGCAGAAUCAAAAGAAAAACACUCGAGAAAUGAAAACAAAGACGAAUUCUUAAAACAAUUUAAGUCUCGUUUUUUCUCUACAAGUCGUCUUGCUUCAUUUCCCUGGACUGUUUUAGAACAGGACUUGGAACGCAGCGAAUCGUCACAAAUAAUCCUGGCUGUCCUCAAACAGACUUGUCUUCACCGGCUGUGCAAGAAGUUCCCCCCAUCAGCGCAAUACAGGAAGUUGUUUCUGUCCGAGCUGAUCAGACGGGUGGAGGCGGCCGACUGCGAGCCUCUGGACGAGCUCUACGACUCCCUGGCGGAGGUGGUGUCGGCCCCGGAAGCAGCGGAAGGAUACAGAACUUUCUUACUGCCGUGUGGCGGCACCGUCAGCUUGUUGGAGAACCGGGCACUGAUCUCAGAAGGGACGACAGGGCUGGUGACCUGGGAAGCCGCCCUUUACCUGGCCGAGUGGGCCUUGGACCACCCGCAGACGUUCACUAGCCGGAAGAUUCUGGAGCUGGGCAGCGGCUUGGGCUUGACCGGUGUGACCGUGUGUCGCUCCUGCAGCCCGUCCAAGUACGUUUUCAGCGACGCUCACCGCAGCGUCCUGCAGAGACUGGAGGACAACGUCCGGCUCAACGGACUCCUGGAGGAUGACACGACCCCUGAGGUCAGCGUGGAACAGCUGGACUGGACCGACGUGACGGAAGAACGCUUGGACGAGAUCGGCGCCGACGUGGUCAUCGCUGCAGACGUGGUGUACGAUCCAGACGUCAUAGCGGGUCUGUCCCAGCUGCUGUCCAGAAUAGUCAGACCAAAACGCGGGCGUGUCCCCCCUGAGGUCUUCAUCUGCUCCACCGUGAGGAAUCCACAGACGUAUGGCGGCUUCAAGAAGCAGCUUGGCGACGCAGGAAUCAGCCAUCAUGUGAUUGGUGGUGCUGUCGGUCACGUGUUUCAGUACGACAGAGUCUCCAGCAUAGAGCUGAUCCAAUUGUACGCCUGACAUUAAAGAUGGUUUUAUUUACAAA